CUGACAACUCUGCACCAGCUAGUUAUACCUAAUAGGUUUGAUAUUCGCUGGGUGCAGUGUUGUGUAGUUAAAUCUUUACCUACAGCACGUGAACGUAAUAUCAUUUGGGGUCGCUGAUAGAUUACGUCCACGUGUAUAUGCGUGUCGACCAACUACGCCCAAGAAUUGCUUGGUAGGCAUGAUUUUGACAUAUACGUGCAACUAUCGCUACACCCAUAUUAGCUGAUAUAUUUAGCCUGGAAAAUGUUGUAGACUGUUGAUUGUACAGUCCUUGGAGGUGGUCUGCCUAGCACCGCGUUUGUUCCUCAUGUUUGGCAGUAAGGUCUCGUUUACCACUAAUCACUAGCUUACUUUUUAUUGGACUCUGUGUGUGUGAUUAUGAGUUUGUGUGGUCACUUGUUUUUCCUCUGUCGCUCAGCUUUUACUUACAUGAAUUUGUUCUUUAACUUUUUUCGUUCUUUUCGAAAGAUGAGACGUCGAUCAUCUUGUGGUUCAUCAACUCGAAAUGCUGUUCAAGUUAGAAGAAGCAGAAGAUCUAAUUUGGCUAGUGUGGAGUAUUUUCCUCGUUCAUUGAGGCUACGACGACAAACUAGUACGGCGACUACUACUACCGCUACUGGUACCACCAGAAAUUCCACGACGCCGAAUAACACUAUUUUGAAUGAACGUCGUUACCGCCUGCGUAAAGUGAUUCGACAGGUGUACACUUAUGUAUGUUUUAGUAAUCGAGUGGACAAAUGGAAACAUGUACAUGAUUGUUUAACAAAUAAUGCCCGCCUGUUAUCCAGACAGUUGUCUACGCCUGCUGUGCGCUCGAUGCCUGCCACCGAUGAUGGUCAUAACGAUAUAUCCUGUGGGUUAGAAUCUUCUCCGAUGGUUGCUAACAAUAUUGAAAUUAUUUCGUAUUGUGGUUUAUCCAUCGAUGGAGAAUCACCUGUGUCGGCGAAAGCUAUUGAACAUGCAAAUGAUGGGGAAGGCGAAACACAAGAGAAUAAUGACAAUAAUGUUGUCUGUGCUGGGUCAAGUCGGUCUCUGCGUGAAUCUAAUGAUAAACGCCUAGUAAUGAAGGGAUUGAAACCAGAUAAAAAGAAGGAAAGAGAAUAUGCAAAGCAAGAGGAUGUAUUGAUUCCUAAAGGGGGUCGUUUAACUCGUCGAUCUGCACAAAUUGAAAUUAAGGAUAGUAUUGUUGUUCAUGCUAGUGAUAGCGAUAAUGAGGUGACUGUGAGUGGUGAAGAGGAGAAUAAAAGUGAAGGGAAUAUGAUAACAGUGAAAGAAGUGUUCCAAAUUGGUGAAUCGACUGCAGCAGACUUGAGUCUCAAUCCACCCGAAGCGAAGCGUUUUAAAGAUUGUGGAAUCCCUUAUGAAGUGUUUAUUGCGAUAGCUGGAACAUUCGGUUCUACAGAUAAUGCAAAUAAACUUCAACAGAGGUAUGUAGAAAUGAAGGGACGUGCAAAUAAUCCUCAGUUAAAUGAAGAAACAUCAACAUUAUUUCCAAAUUUAGAUAACCCCUUUGAGGUGCACAGGGCUGUCACCAGUGGUCGACGCAAAGUCCUAUCACGAGCUGAUGCUUUACAUUCAUAUAGGACAUUAUUUUGUCGUCGGUGUUUUAAGUACGACUGUUCUUUGCAUCCGUAUAAGUCCACUCCGUCGAUGUGGAGUCAUCGUUGGCCGAUCGAUACCACGAAAGAUGCCGAAACAAACGCCCCAUAUUGUGGUUCAUGGUGUGUCCGUAAGUCGGUGAACCAUACCGCUGGACAGGACUCAAUGAAUAAUCAUAAUAGUAAUAAUAAUAAUAGCAAUGAUGAUAAUAAAGGCGAAGCAAUACGAGGAACUAGCAACGUGGAAUGGAAUCCUGAAGAAAAAUGUCUAUAUGAAGUAUUAGCUCCAUUGUUUAUCCCCUACGGGCAUCCAUCUUUUAAUUUGUACAACUGGUGUUGUAAAAUGUCGAAAUUACUUGGGACGAAGAAGUGUUCUGAUGUGUUGGCAUAUACAAGUACACAGAAUCUAUCGACACUUCUACUCCCAGAUGCUGGUCAGUUGAGUUCAUUACGUAUACCGGGUACUGGUGAAGUAUGGGGUCGACGGUCAGGUAGUAUAGCGUCGUUAAAUGAUAAUGACUGCACCGGAUCAGGAUCAUGUAGUGGAAGUGUUCAUGAUGAUGGAGGAUUUGGUGAUGAGGUGUUUGUGGCGAAUGAAUCAAGUAGUUCUAAUGUUUUAACAACAAAUCUUCGUAAACGAUCGAAAAAGCGUGUUAAAAAGAGCAUGAAAUUGGAAUUGCCAACUCCUUGUGAAGACGAUGAUGAAGACUCGCAAACGAAUGGUUCUGUUCAAAACGGUUUGAGGAACACUACCACUAGUAAUAAGGAUGGCAAUGCCACCCUACCGAGUGGUUGUCUCGCGCAUCAAUAUUAUCCGUGUGAUCAUCCUGGAGAACGGUGUAAUGAUUUGUGUUCAUGUAAGAAGGCUGGAACAUUUUGUGAGAAAUUUUGUCAAUGUCCACCUGAUUGUACGAAUAGGUUUCCUGGAUGUCGUUGUCGUGCUCAUUGUAACACGAAAGCAUGCCCGUGUUUUCUGGCAGCAAGGGAAUGUGAUCCCGACCUGUGUCUGUCAUGUGGGGCACAGGCAUCGUUUGGAUCAUUCACUUCAAUGGAGGAUUUGUUCAACGCUGUUGUAAGAGUUGGUUUUCCAGAUUUUAAAGGACCAUGUCGAAACGUUGCGAUACAGAGAGGCCUACGGAAGCAUCUAUUGAUGGCACCAUCUGAUGUUUCCGGUUGGGGCAUAUUUAUCAAAGAUGGUGCAGAUAAGAACGAAUUUAUCUCUGAAUAUUGUGGUGAGAUCAUUAGUCAAGACGAAGCUGAUCGACGUGGAAAGAUUUAUGAUAAAACCAUGAGCAGUUUCUUGUUCAAUCUUAAUCGUGAUUUUGUCGUCGAUGCAACGCGAAAGGGUAACAAGAUCCGAUUCGCCAAUCAUUCAGUUAAUCCGAAUUGUUAUGGAAAGGUGGUCAUGGUGAACGGUGAUCAUCGAAUCGGUAUAUUCGCAAAACGUGCUAUUCUCCCUGGAGAAGAACUAUUCUUCGACUAUCGUUAUGGUCCCAUGGAACAGUUGAAAUAUGUUGGGAUUGAAAGAGAUACAGAUGCUCCGAAAACUUCUACUUCUGCUACUGGUAGUAGUAGUAGUAGUAGCAGUAGCAGUAGCAAUCCUUCAUGUCUACCGAAUAAGUCCAGUGAAUUUCCUGCAUCGCCAUCCAGUCAUUCAGUGGAGAAAUCAAACUGA